AUGGACCGAUCGAUCAUGCUGUGGAAUACCUACGGACAAUGUGAAAACUAUGGAAUAUUGACGGGCCAUCGAGGAGCCGUACUCGACCUACAAUGGUCGCGCGAUUCCAGGACGAUAUAUUCUGCGUCCGCGGACAUGACUGUCGCAAGUUGGGAUCUCGAAACAGGUCUGAGGAUACGAAAACAUGUCGGUCACGAGGAGGUAGUCAACUGCCUGGAUCUAAGCAGACGAGGUCAAGAUCUGAUAUUGAGUGGCAGUGACGACGGUUGUAUUGGGAUAUGGGAUCCUCGUCAGAGAGCCGCGGUCGACUACAUUGAGACAGACUUUCCAAUUACUGCGGUGGCCAUGGCUGAGCAAGGUCAUGAAAUCUAUUCUGGCGGAAUUGACAACGACAUUAAAGUUUGGGACGCCCGCAAGAUGGAGGUCACCUACACUCUGACUGGCCAUGGAGAUACGAUCACCUCACUGGAGGUGUCGCCUGACUCGCAAACACUACUCUCGAAUUCCCACGACUCGACGGUACGAACUUGGGAUAUCAGGCCUUUUGCGCCGGUUAAUCGAUCUGUGCAGACUUAUGACGGCGCACCGGCCGGCUUUGAAAAGAACCUGAUUCGCGCUAGUUGGAGUCCUAUAGGAGAUAAAAUCUGUGCCGGCGCCGGAGAUCGUACGGUGGUGGUUUGGGAUACUCGAUCUGGCAAGCUGCUCUAUAAACUACCGGGACAUAAGGGAACCGUGAAUGAUGUACGGUUCUCACCGACCGAGGAACCAAUCAUUGUCUCCGGAUCCACCGAUCGGAAUCUCCUCUUGGGCGAACUUGGGAAGUAG